AUGGCCUCAAUCCACCGUCGAUACACUACUCUCAUCCUCGACCUCGGCGACGUACUCUUUCGUUGGUCUCCAAAGACUGAGACCGCCAUUCCACCUCAACAACUCAAGGAUAUCCUCUCCUCUGUCACCUGGUUUGAGUACGAACGCGGCAGACUAUCCCAGGAAGCAUGCUACGAGCGCUGCGCCGAGGAGUUCAAGAUAGAGGCCUCGGUCAUUGCAGAAGCCUUUAAGCAGGCUCGCGGGUCACUGCGGCCCAACGAGGAGUUCAUCGCCUUGAUCCGUGACCUCCGCCGUGAGAUGCACGGUGACCUUACCGUUCUUGCCCUCUCCAACAUCUCCCUCCCCGACUACGAAUACAUCAUGUCGCUAAGCUCAGAUUGGACGACCGUCUUCGAUCGCGUAUUCCCCUCUGCACUCGUUGGCGAGCGCAAGCCUCAUCUGGGAUGCUAUCGCAAGGUCAUCUCGGAGAUGAACCUAGAACCUCAGACGACUGUGUUCGUGGAUGACAAGCUUGACAACGUCGCGUCUGCUCGCUCACUUGGUAUGCACGGCAUCGUGUUUGACAACCAAGCCAACGUCUUCCGCCAACUCCGCAAUAUCUUCGGAGACCCCAUCCGCCGUGGCCAAGAGUAUCUCCGUGGGCAUGCUGGCAAACUCGAGUCUUCGACCGACAACGGGUUGAUCUUCGAGGAGAACUUCACACAGCUGAUCAUCUACGAGUUGACGCAAGACAGGACUCUCAUCUCGCUUUCAGAAUGUCCUCGUACUUGGAAUUUCUUCCGAGGCGAACCGCUAUUCUCGGAGACCUUCCCGGAUGAUGUCGACACAACAUCUGUGGCGUUGACGGUAUUGCAACCGGACAGAGCACUGGUCAACUCCGUUCUAGACGAGAUGCUGGAGUAUGUCGACGCCGAUGGCAUCAUGCAGACAUACUUCGAUCGUUCACGACCACGCAUGGACCCCUUCGUCUGCGUGAACGUACUCUCCCUGUUCUACGAGAACGGUCGUGGUCACGAGCUCCCUCGCACAUUGGACUGGGUCUACGAGGUGCUCCUCCAUCGCGCGUACCACGGCGGUUCGCGUUAUUACCUGUCGCCCGACUGCUUUCUAUUCUUCAUGAGCCGCCUACUCAAGCGCGCAGACGAUCCAGCAGUCCAGGCUCGGCUCCGCCCGCUCUUCGUCGAGCGGGUGAACGAGCGAGUAGGCGCCGCUGGCGACUCGAUGGACCUCGCCUUCCGCAUCCUCGCCGCAGCGUCUGUUGGCGUCCAGUGCCCCCGCGAUCUGGAAAGGUUGACUGCCGGGCAAUGCGACGACGGUGGAUGGGACCUCUGCUGGUUCUACGUGUUCGGCUCGACGGGCGUGAAGGCGGGCAACCGCGGCCUCACAACGGCCCUCGCUGUCACGGCCAUACAGACGGCCAUCGGACGCCCCCCUUCGCCCAGUCCCUCCGCGGCCUCCUCGUCUUUCAGACCUAGUUCCCCUUACAAAUUCCUAGGCAUUUCGCGCCCAGCUAGCCCCAUUCGCUUUGGCGACUUACUUCGCCCAUGGCGGAAGAUGAGCAGGUCGAACUUGAAGUCUCAAUGAGCCUAUAGUCAUCCCCCGUUCCUCACUCUCUCCUACUCCCGUCGUCGUUACACGUUGCUAUCCGUACUCUCUCAGAUACCGGACGGACCUCUGGAAUGGACUUGUAGAUAUGUAUGUGUUGCGUAGCCGACCAUUAGGGUUGUAUGACAAAUUCCCAUCUAUGGCUUGUCCUUGCUCUCGAUAACCAGUUACUAUACACCGUUGCCGAUAUAUAUCCCCCACCAUCCCUA